CAUGACCUAUUAACAUUUUUAUAAGUGUUAAUUUAUUUAGAUGUCUUUCCUAUUAAUGGUUACCAUAUCUUUUAACUUUGAUUUAUGAUGCCUCAUGUUUAUAGGUUUUGGAAGUGAGAAAUGAAAUCGAGAACUUAUGUGGAGUCUUACACUGCCACGACGGUUACGAGCAUUGGUGGUUUUUGAACCGACGCUCCAGCAGAGGAGAUGAAGGAUUCAUUUCUCUUCCUUUCAUAGCGCCAAUGAUUCUGCCAUUGUCAGACUCUGGUUUCAUUUUACACACCGCCUCUCUCACAAACGAAGAAAAAGCUUGAGGCUCAAUGUGGCGAUUGAGGGGCUGGCCCACUACCUACGGCGAUUACAAGUAUAGAAUUCCAAGUUUUCUUCCUUCAACGUGGCGCGAGAUAGAGGGUGCAGGGCUGCAGCCAUGCCAUCUUAAAGCUCUUAUUCUUUCCAGGAUUGCCCACUCAAUCUCUCUUAUCAACCUUUAUAGGAAACGCAGGGAUAUGGACUCUAAUUGCAUAAGUGAAAUGAUGUCCUCAUAAUUGAAGCAUAUGGUGGCUUUCCUUCAAGGGUUGCGGGAUAUAUUUUCUUGCAACUAUUUCAGAUUGUUCCACUGAGAAGGUAGAAAGUUGCACGAUUGGGCUACUGAGAAGGUAGAAAGCUGCAUCAGUUUGGUUUAUUUUCAAGGCGAUUUCAUCAGCGAGAAUCAAAUCUCUGUUGUCUG